CACUUUUAAGAUUGCUUCAUGCAUGAAUUUCUCCUCCCACCAUCCUUAAAGCACAAAGAACAACUCGGAGAGAGAAACGAAUCAACCUCCACCCCCUGGGCCCUUCAAUCUCCCUGCGUCUCUCUCUCUCUCUCUCUCUCUCUUUCGCUCUCUCGCUCUCUAGCUCUAGCUCCUACUUAAGCUGAGAAGCAGAGGAAACAGAGCGCAGCGGGCAGAGCUCAGAUCUGCUUCUUGUCAAGGGAAAGUGAGAAGGCCGAGACGAUAUGGAGCUGUGAAUAGAUUGCAUACAAAUCAAUGGAGAGGCACCGAUGCAAGAUUUGCAGCAAGUGUUUUCCCUCUGGGAGAUCGCUCGGAGGCCACAUGAGAUCACACAUGCGCUUCUACUCUUCAGUAACAGAGCUUCAGAAGCUCGAUAAGAGCUCUUACGAGCUUAGAGAAAAUCCCAGAAAGACGUGCAAGUUGUCAGAUUUUGCGGGCGAAGAUCCAACAUCGUCUUCUUCUUCCCUGAAGAUAAAGCAGUGCAAGGUAUGCGGCAAAGAGUUUCCUUCUUGGAAAGCUCUGUUCGGUCACAUGAGAUGUCAUUCUGACAAGAUUUGCCGCCGAAGCUUUGAAGCGGAUGAGGAAAAAGAGGAUCACGAAGAAGGAGAAGUUUCUUGGAAGCAGUGGUCGAAGAUGAGUCCGGCGGCUUCAUCUGUAACUGAGUACGAGCAGGAGCUAGAAGACGUCGCCGUCAGUCUCAUGUUGCUCUCACGCGACAUCAGCGGUUGCUGGUCGAUCGCGGCCGAAUCAUCCGACAAGCAAUCCGAGGUCAUGGAAGAAGAGGUGCCGAUCAAGCGAUCUGGGGAAUUCGAAGACUUGGACUGGGAGUACACCGGCGAAGCAUCAGGAAAGCCAAAGAUUCUGACAUCAGCUGAAUUUGGGAAGAAAAGAGCAAGGAUUGAUGAAAAAGGAAAGCACUUGAGUGCUCGUGAAGCCAAAUUGGGAAAAGAAGAGACAAAAUUAGAAAGCAGAUAUCAGUGCGAAGACUGCAACAGGAGCUUCCCCUCCUACCAAGCUCUCGGCGGCCAUCGUGCCAGUCACAAGAGAAUCAGGGGCUGCUGCUUCCCGAAUCCCAAUGCCGAUUCUGACUACAAAAUUGAGACUUUUGCCGAGCACAUGACAGUUUCGGAAAUCGAAGACUCCCAUUCUAAGAAGAACAGAAUUCAUGAAUGCAGUAUCUGUGGAAAGAUUUUUGGUUCAGGACAGGCGUUGGGUGGACACAAGAGGUCUCAUUUGAUGUCAAAUGCAGAUGCCGAUAGUGGCGUCGAUAUGGCGGCGGCUGCUGCUGCUGCCGUCGAGGUUCCGGAAAUGCUGGAUCUCAAUCUUCCAGCUCCUGUAGACGAAGAAUCGAGCAAUGAGAAGCCAUGGUGGACUGGUGAGAGCAUGAUAAACUCCAUCUCUAAUAGAUGAAGAAGAAGAAGAUGCAAAGAUCAGUACUGUAUAGAUUCUGCAAAACAAAAGGUGAAGUUAAAACUAUCUGAUUGGUUCAUUCGUAAUUUUUGGCUUGCUACCUUAGCUUUCUACUUGACUAAUUCGACCUUAGCUUCUCAUAUCCUUUUAUUACUUCAGUUCAUGAUCUAACAGGUGUGCAAAAAAAAAAAAAAAAGAAAGAAAAAUUAAGGCUGCUCAGCUAGAGAUUAUAGUUUACUGAAUUUGUUCUCAUUAGUACCAUGAACUCUUAAA